AUGUCCGCAUUUACUUCUCUGCGCCCAUCCCUGGGCCUUGCCCGCACCGCUGCCCAGGCCUCGCGUGGCUUCAGCUCCUCCGCCUCGCGCUCCGUUGCCCGCAUGAUCAUCACCGGCCGUCUCGCCAACGAGCCUGAAUUGCAAUCGACUGCUUCCGGGCAAGACAUCAUCAAGUACACUAUCGGCACUUCCCAUGGCUCCAGGGAGAACCGGCAGACAAGCUGGUUCCGCGUGGCGAGCUUCCUGCCCGAGGGAUCCCAGCGGGACUUUAUUAUGGGUCUGCCCAAGGGUACUCUGGUCUAUCUCGAGGGUGAUGCGAGCAUGCGCUCCUAUGAGGAUGCCGAUGGCAAGAGGCACUCUUCUUUGAACAUCAUCCAGCGCUCGCUCGAGGUCCUCAGCCGCCCCCGAGACACCUCCGAGAACACCAACCCCACCGAGGGUCAUUAG